AUGGCCCCCUCCCAGCUCCCCCCGAUCUUCAACCCUACCUCCCAGGACAUUGAGCAGCUCCUGGCUGCCCAGUGCCACCUGGGAUCCAAGAACCUCCAGUCCCACAUGGAGCCUUACCUCUGGAAGACUCGCCCCGACGGUGUCAACGUUAUCAACAUUGGCAAGACCUGGGAGAAGAUCCUCUUGGCCGCCCGUAUCAUCGCCGCCAUUGACAACCCCGCCGAUGUCUGUGUCAUCUCCGCUCGUCCCUACGGCCAGCGUGCUGUCCUGAAGUUCGCUUCCCACACCGGUGCCACCGCCAUCGCCGGUCGCUUCACCCCCGGUAACUUCACCAACUACAUCACCCGCUCUUUCAAGGAGCCCCGCCUCAUCAUCGUCACCGACCCCCGCACCGAUGCCCAGGCCAUCAAGGAGGCCAGCUACGUCAACAUCCCCGUCAUCGCUCUCUGCGACACCGACUCCCCCACCGACUUCGUUGACGUUGCCAUCCCCACCAACAACAAGGGUCGCCACGCCAUCGGUCUCGUCUGGUGGAUGCUCGCCCGUGAGGUCCUCCGCCUCCGCGGUACCAUUGCUUCCCGCGAGGUUGACUGGGACGUCGUUGUCGACCUGUACUUCUACCGUGACCCCGAGGCUGAGGAGAACAAGGAGAUCGCCGACGAGGCCAAGGUUGCCAGCGCUGAGGAGGUUGGCCCCGCUGCCAUUGAGUCUGGCUACGCUGGUGACAACUGGGACACCGCCGGUGCCGGUGCUGGUGCUCCUGGCACUGCUUUCUCUGCUGCUACCGCUGCUGCUGCUGGUACCAGCUGGGAGGCUGACGGUGCCGACUGGGCUGCCAGCUCUGCUGCCCCUGCUGGCGAGAGCUGGGCUGAGACCAAGCCCGCUGAGGGCAACUGGUAA